AUGGCUGAACAAGCUCCCUCCCAAGGUCAAAGUCAAGGUCCAGGUCAAGGUGAUGUCGAACGCGGCCCAUCCCGUAUCUCUCAACAAUCUUCAAGACGUAUCUCCCGUGUGUCUUACAAAGAGGAUUGGGCGAACCUUGACGAGUAUGGCAAGCUUGUGAAGUACGUCUCGACCUACCGCGAGCCUGGCAGGGAAGAGGGUGUCGAGGAAGAACAAGUGAAGCGAGUGUGGUACGCUCCUUGGAAGAAGCGCAAGGUCAAAGUCAAGCAAGUAGAUAAAGAACCGGGCCAAUUUCCGCCAGAAUGGCUCAUUACAGACAUUCGUCAAGGCCUGCCCAGCUCGGAAGUUCCUAUCAGACGUCGUGCCUCAGGAUGGAACGAACUCACAUCUGAGAAGGAAAACCCGAUCGCCAAGAUCCUGUCCUAUUUCAGAGGUCCAAUUCUCUACGUCAUGGAGUUGGCCGUCCUUCUUGCGGCAGGUCUGGAUGACUGGAUUGACUUUGGUGUCAUUAUCGGUAUCUUGUGUCUGAACGCCUCAGUCGGUUGGUAUCAGGAAAAACAGGCUGCCGACGUUGUUGCCAGUUUGAAGGGAGAUAUUGCCAUGAGAGCGACAGUCGUUCGUGACGGUCAGCAACAAGAGAUCUUGGCCCGAGAGCUUGUUCCUGGUGAUGUGAUCAUUGUUGGUGAAGGUCAAGUGGUUCCUGCUGAUGCAAAGAUUAUCUGCGAUUACAAUGACCCCAAUGGUUGGGAAGAAUUUCAAAGAAUGCAGGAACAAGGCGAUCUCAGUAGCACUUCUGAGUCCGAUGUCGAGGAAAAUGAGAAAGAAGGCAAGGAAGGGGAGGAUGAACAGCAGUCCUCCAGAAAACGCAGUCACCCCAUCCUUGCCUGCGAUCAUUCGGCCAUUACAGGAGAGUCUCUUGCUGUCGAUCGCUAUAUGGGUCAAGUGAUCUACUAUACCACCGGUUGCAAGCGCGGCAAGGCCUACGCAGUUGUCCAGAGCGGUGCGAGGACCUCUUUCGUUGGCAAAACCGCCUCUAUGGUUUUGGCAGCUAAGGGGGCCGGGCAUUUCGAAAUUGUCAUGGACCAGAUUGGUACAUCCCUUUUGGUUAUUGUCAUGGCAUGGAUUCUGGCUGCCUGGAUUGGAGGCUUCUUCCGCCAUAUCCCCAUUGCUUCGCCUCCCCAGCAGACGCUUCUUCACUAUACACUGUCGCUACUGAUUAUCGGUGUCCCCGUCGGUCUUCCCGUCGUUACCACCACCACUAUGGCUGUUGGAGCAGCGUAUCUGGCAAAGAAGAAGGCUAUUGUGCAAAAACUGACUGCGAUUGAAUCACUUGCUGGCGUCGAUAUCCUCUGUUCUGAUAAAACGGGAACCUUGACGGCCAACAAGUUGAGCAUUCGAGAGCCAUAUGUGGCAGAGGGUGUGGACGUCGACUGGAUGUUUGCCGUGGCCGCCCUGGCAUCAUCUCAUAAUAUCGAAUCGCUUGAUCCCAUCGAUAAGGUUACCAUUCUCACGCUCAGGCAGUAUCCUAGAGCAAGAGAGAUUCUUCGACGGGGUUGGAAGACGGAAAAAUAUAUCCCAUUCGACCCCGUUUCGAAGCGAAUCGUGACCGUGGCCACCUGUGAUGGAAUCAGGUAUACCUGUACCAAGGGUGCCCCCAAGGCAGUGCUUACCCUUACCAACUGUCCUAAAGAAGUUGCCGAUGUCUACAAGAACAAGGCACAGGAAUUUGCCCACAGAGGCUUCCGAUCCUUGGGUGUUGCAGUUCAGAAAGAGGGAGAGGAUUGGACGCUUCUCGGUAUGCUUCCCAUGUUCGAUCCACCCCGGGAAGAUACCGCGCAUACGAUCAAUGAAGCCCAGAAUCUUGGAAUCAGCGUCAAGAUGCUUACAGGUGAUGCAUUGGCUAUUGCCAAGGAGACAUGCAAAAUGCUCGCACUGGGAACCAAGGUGUAUAAUUCCGAUAAGCUCAUUCAUGGUGGCCUCAGUGGCGUCAUGGCAAGUGAUCUGGUUGAAAAAGCCGACGGCUUCGCGGAAGUCUUCCCAGAACAUAAAUAUCAGGUGGUGCAAAUGCUCCAGGAACGAGGACACCUGACGGCCAUGACUGGUGACGGAGUGAACGAUGCGCCGUCGUUGAAGAAAGCUGAUUGCGGUAUUGCGGUAGAAGGCGCAACCGAGGCAGCGCAAUCUGCGUCGGACAUUGUGUUCUUGGAGCCCGGAUUGUCUACCAUCAUUGACUCGAUCAAGGUGGCUCGGCAGAUUUUCCACCGCAUGAAGUCCUACAUCCAGUAUCGUAUCGCGCUUUGCUUGCACCUGGAGAUCUACCUGGUGACGUCCAUGAUCAUCCUCAACGAAAGCAUCCGCGUCGAGUUGAUUGUCUUCCUUGCUCUUUUCGCUGAUUUGGCUACUGUAGCAGUGGCCUAUGAUAAUGCCUCCUUUGAACUGCGUCCUGUGGAGUGGCAGCUUCCUAAGAUCUGGUUCAUCUCCGUACUCCUGGGCCUGCUGUUGGCGUUGGGUACCUGGGUCGUGCGCGGUACCAUGUUCCUUCCAUCCGGCGGUAUCAUCCAGAACUGGGGCUCUGUCCAGGAAGUCCUUUUCCUGGAAGUCGCCCUCACCGAGAACUGGCUCAUUUUCGUUACUCGCGGCGUGGAGACUUGGCCGUCCAUCCACCUGGUCACUGCCAUUUUGGGUGUGGACAUCCUGGCCACCAUUUUCUGCUUGUUCGGUUGGUUCUCGAACGAGACAAUGCCGACCAACCCGGCCGACUCGUUCGUCGAAACCCGCAACGGCUGGACGGAUAUUGUCACCGUCGUCCGUGUCUGGGGCUUCUCGCUCGGUGUGGAGAUUGUCAUUGCGCUCGUGUACUACAUGCUCAACAAGUUCAAGUGGCUCGAGAACCUUGGCCGAGCCAAGCGAGACAAAGGCGAUAUCAAGAUUCAGAAUCUGCUCGGUCAUCUGGCUCGGUUGACCGUCGAGUACGAUCAGCCCGGUCAGCCCAAGGGUCGCUUCUUCCUUACAUCGAGCAAGGAAGAAGAGGAGGCCGAGUAG